AGAACCCGGAAGCAGCCUAGCGGCAAGAUUCCGGUUUCCUUGGCUACGCCAGAGGAGGGAGGGUAAUUGAAGAGAGAGAAGCCGAGCGAAGGGCUGGUCCCUCGUCUUGUGUGGCGGCCGUGCUGUUGAAGGGAUGGGACAGAGCCGGGCCUAGCGGGGCAGCUGCCGCUAUGAGCGGAGCAGCAGCUGGUGGUGAGGGAAGGAGCGGCAACUCCCUGGCAGGCCGUUGGUCUGGCUGGAAACUGCUGGCUUUGGGCCUCCUCUCCGCUUCCUCGGUGUUAGCGGCAGCGCCGGCUGUGCAGGCUAUGAGCAGGGAGGAGAAGCGUCAACUCGGAAAUCAAGUACUGGAAAUGUUUGAUCAUGCCUAUAGUAAUUACAUGGAACAUGCUUACCCAGCUGAUGAGCUCAUGCCUUUAACUUGCCGUGGAAGAAUUCGGGGUCAAGAACCAAGUCGUGGGGAUGUGGAUGAUGCCUUGGGAAAGUUUUCGCUGACACUAAUUGAUACUUUGGACACUCUUGUGGUGUUAAAUAAAACCAAGGAGUUUGAAGAUGCUGUUAAAAAAGUAAUUAGAGAUGUUAAUUUAGACAACGACAUUGUGGUAUCAGUGUUUGAAACGAACAUAAGAGUACUUGGAGGUCUUUUAGGUGGGCACUCAGUAGCAAUCAUGCUGAAAGAGAAAGGUGAAGUCAUGCAGUGGUACAAUGGAGAACUUCUGCACAUGGCAAAACAAUUAGGCUACAAACUUUUGCCAGCUUUUAACACCACAAGUGGUCUCCCGUAUCCAAGAAUUAAUUUAAAAUUUGGUCUAAGAAGUCCAGAAGCCCGGACAGGAACAGAGACUGACACUUGUACAGCUUGUGCUGGUACUUUGAUCUUAGAGUUUGCUGCUCUGAGUCGUUUCACAGGAGCGUCAAUAUUUGAGGAAUAUGCACGGAAGGCACUCGAUUUCCUUUGGGAGAAAAGGCAACGCAGCAGCAAUUUAGUGGGAGUUACUAUUAACAUUCAUACGGGUGACUGGGUCCGUAAAGAUAGUGGAGUUGGAGCAGGAAUAGAUUCAUAUUAUGAGUAUUUAUUAAAGGCCUAUGUCUUGCUUGGAGAUGACAGUUUUUUAGAAAGAUUUAACACGCAUUAUGAUGCCAUAAUGAGAUACAUUAGCCAGCCGCCUCUCUUGCUUGAUGUGCACAUACACAAGCCAAUGCUCAAUGCUCGGACUUGGAUGGACUCACUACUAGCCUUUUUUCCUGGUUUGCAAGUAUUGAAAGGUGAUAUUCGACCUGCUAUAGAAACUCAUGAAAUGCUAUAUCAGGUGAUAAAAAAGCAUAAUUUCCUUCCUGAGGCAUUCACAACAGACUUUCGGGUUCAUUGGGCUCAGCAUCCUUUACGGCCAGAAUUUGCAGAAAGCACCUAUUUCUUGUAUAAAGCUACUGGAGAUCCCUAUUACCUAGAAGUAGGAAAAACACUAAUUGAAAACUUAAAUAAAUAUGCACGAGUACCUUGUGGAUUUGCAGCUAUGAAGGAUGUUCGCACUGGAAGCCAUGAGGACAGGAUGGAUUCUUUCUUUCUAGCUGAAAUGUUCAAAUAUUUAUACCUGCUCUUUGCUGAUAAAGAAGAUCUAACUUUUGAUAUUGAAGACUAUGUUUUUACUACAGAGGCUCAUUUGCUACCUCUUUGGCUAUCAACUACAAACCAAACGGCCCUUGUAAAAAAUAUUACUACAGAAUACACGGAGCUGGAUGAUAGUAAUUUUGAUUGGACUUGUCCUAACACCCAAAUCCUGUUUCCCAAUGACCCUAUGUAUGCUCAGAGCAUAAGGGAACCCCUGAAAAAUGUGGUGGACAAGAGCUGCCCUAGGAGUAUUUCCAGAAUGGAGGAGAGUUUAGGCAGUGGACCAAAGCCUCCAUUGAGAGCCAGGGAUUUCAUGGCCAGUAAUCCUGAACAUUUAGAGAUACUGAAAAAGAUGGGAGUCAGCUUGAUUCAUCUCAAAGAUGGAAGAGUACAAUUGGUGCAGCAUGCUAUUCAAGCAGCAAGUUCACUGGAUGCUGAAGAUGGCUUACGGUUCAUGCAAGAAAUGAUUGAGUUGUCCAAUCAACAACAAAAAGAGCAACAGCUACCUCCUCGUGCAGUUCAAAUUGUUUCCCAUCCAUUCUUCGGCAGAGUAGUUUUGACAGCGGGACCUGCACAGUUUGGAAUGGAUCUGUCUAAACACAAUUCUGGGACAAGAGGAUUUGUUGCAGUCAGUAAACCAUAUAAUGGAUGCUCUGAAAUUACCAAUCCUGAAGCCCUGAAAGAAAAAAUUGCUCUGAUGCAAAGAGGGCAGUGCAUGUUUGCUGAAAAGGCACGGAACAUCCAGAAAGCUGGGGCCAUAGGUGGCAUUGUUAUUGAUGAUAAUGAAGGAAGUAGCAGUGAUACAGCUCCCCUCUUUCAAAUGGCGGGUGAUGGCAAGAAUACAGAUGACAUCACUAUCCCUAUGCUGUUUCUUUUCAACAAGGAAGGCAGUAUCAUUCUUGAUGCCAUUCAGUCAUAUGAAGUAGUAGAAGUGCUCCUUUCAGAUAAAGCAAAAGACAGAGAUUUGGAAAUGGAAAACAUGGAUCAGAUGUCAUCUGAUAAUGAUUCUCAUAACCAGAAAAUGGAAGAGAUUUCAGCAGAUUUGAACUUGGUCACUCAAGAUUCUGAAGGAGAAGGUGGUUUGAGCUCAUUUGCAGAGUCACACAGCAGUAGUUUUUCUCAGACAGACCAAGAUUCUUGUACCCCUGAAUUCCAGGAAACUAGCAGUAGCAGUCAAGCAUCAGAACAGGAUAAUCAUCCUGAGGAACAAUCAAAGAUUGAGACAGAUUCCAAUCCCAGUAAUAACUGGAGUAAUAAAGACCAGUCUAUGGAAUCAAUAAUCGCUGAUUGGAAUGAAGACAUAGAAGCAUUUGAAAUGAUGGAAAAAGAUGAACUAUAACUUCAAAUAUUUUGCUUGUGAACUUCACGGAGGAUAUAAUGGCCCUAAUAUCUGAAAUUCAAAAAGAAUUGUUCAGUAUUGUGACAAGCAGCCAGGUUUUUAUUGGCAAAAGCCAGCAUGUGUUAUAAUUUGAACUUUUUUUGUUCGUUUGUUUAUCCUGUUUUUAAAAAUGGGAAUGUGCAAUCAACCCAUUUGCAGAGUUCCUUUGCAUGGUGCUGUAAUGCAGGAAGUUCAUUCAGGGAAUGAUACGGAUUCUUCCUGGGUUCCAGAUUCUUGUGGGUUAGCUUAAGGUGGUCUUAGGGAGGCAAAGAAAUGACUGCAGUGGGAUUAAUGCACCAGUGAGCCUGAAUGGCUAGUUGUAGUGUUACAUCUUGGCCCAUGAAGGCCAUGAAUUGGCAGGGGUGGCAAUGCUGUUUCAAGAUUCAAUAUGGUAUCCCAAAGUCUCUCUUUUUUUUUUUUUUUGGAGACUUGGUGGAAAUAGUUCGCUGUGCCUUUAUGAUGAAGGCAAAGCAAUGGGCAGCUGUGAUUGUUUUGUGCCACUUAAUGUAGUAAGUGUGCUGUACCUCCUUAUCACUUCUUCCAUUUUAUUCCUUUGAAGAAUUACCAAUUCACUUGGGUAUUAUUCUUCGUUCUUAGUUCAAGUCAAGAUAGUUUAUAAACCAAAGGCAAUGUGUUCUAUUAUAAAAAGAAGAAAAAAAAUCUGGAUAAUUCUUAAACAUGUGGACAAAACCUCUCUACAUUCCCAUCCCUUUGGUUUUGAAUGUUGUGCAUUAAAUGGCAAGUUCAAAAUGAGCCAAAACUAGCAUCCUUCCCAAUUUCUGGAAAAGGUACGAAAUCAUCUUGUAUUAGGAUCUAAUUUAUUUUGUUCUGCAGUUUUUAUAUUUAAGUGGGCCUUACAUCAAAACCAUCCUAUUCCUGUGUAUAUCUUAAAAUCUGUAUGUUUUCCUUCUGUGAAAAAUGGCCAGUAUCUUAACUAGAAACAAUGCAUCCUUAGCAUAAUAUGAAGUCAAGCAAAAACUGGUAUCAUGUGUAAAUUAGGGGUAUGCAAAACCUUUUGAAUUUGAAACCGUUUGACUUCCAGUUGGGUUGAUCUGUGCUUAUUAGAAUGUGUCUUGACCAUUCUGGAAAUGUUCCCAGGUCAUAGCAGGUAUGUUGAGCUCAGAAUAGGCCCGCUUUUUAAUUCAGAACACUUCCGGAAAAGUCCUGUUCAAACUCUGAACAGAGUAUUUUGAACUCAGAAUGUUUUGAAUUCAGAACAUUUUGUGUGUCACUAGUGUUAGUUUUUUUUUAUAUUGUAGCAGAAAUAUUUCACAGCAAUCAUGUUUCACAAAUGUCUUAAGUUUACAUUUAGCAUCCUUUCUAAAAACCCAAGUGUAGCAAACAAAGCAAAUAAGACUGCCUAAUAUUAUAAUUACUUUCAUUUUUAUUUCACUUUUUUUUUUUACUUUUAGGAAGCAAAAAAGCCAAAUAAUUUUGACACAGCAAUAUUGCACUGUGCUCUACUUGGCCUUUUCAUGUGUAACUGAUUUGUUGCAAAAUUUGACAAAGAUCCUAUGAUCAAAUGCAAUAUGUAGUAAGGGAAUGCUUGUCAUACUGCAAGUACACUUGGCCCAAGGGAUGGACGGACUCUCUCUCUCUCUCUGCAGGCUCCUUAUUACUGAAACCCGAUCAUCCAAUAUUGCACAGGAUAGCAGAUUUCUGGGGGCAACCAAUGGCUAUCCUCUAACGCAGCAUUUUAUUUCUCCAUAAAUCUGAGAGAUAAUAGUGGGUUUUUAUAGGGGGAAAAGUCAAGUGCAAUGGCAUGAGAGUUCAACCAGCAAUGCUUUAUAUUCUGACUGAGCCAGGAACUGAGGCUGGAACGAACUAUUCUUUUGCUGUCAUAUGUCAGUUAUUUCUUGAUCACAAAGAAUGAUAUACCGUAAAUGAUUAGAACCACCCUCUCAUAGCACUUACGUAUGUAAGUAUAUAGGACAAACUACUGAAAGGUCCUUGUACAAAAAACUUGCAGUGUGUAAGACAGCCUUUUAAACGUACACAUCAGACUGUUUUUUGGAAUCUGCUACUUGGGUAGGAAGACUUCUGCAGGAAUUGGGUGAAAAUGGUGGUGACUUUUACUGAAUUAAUAAAACAAGUGUCCUUUAACUUUUUUUUAAUGUUUUAUUUGCAUAUAAAGAACCCCAAAUUGUGUUUAGAUUUGAAGUUUGGUUUUUACAUGGUAGGAUAUUCCUUCAGAGAACUUCAGUACAGAAUUCUCUGAAGUGUCCUUUGAUAGCUUAGGCUCUAUGGUGGAGGAGAAUGAGUUUUGAGCUUACAAAAUACACUAAAAACACAUGGAGUAUACUGUAUCUCUAGAAUAUGAACACCAUUAGUAAAGGCUUUUAAAAUAUGUGUUCUGAUUUAGAGUAACUUACCAAGCUGCUCUUUUCUUUAGCCCUGCAGCAGGACCUCAUUUUGUUUCUGAUAAAAUAAUUUAGUAGUAAUAUCUUCACAAAGCAUUUUGGACAGAUUUAUAUCUGUGUUGCACAGCAACCACUAAAUUUUCACCACCUCUUACAGAUAAUUUAUUAAGAGUUUGCACACCUGCUGUUCCCUAUACAUAGUUCAUGCCAUGGAUGUUAGGUUAUGCCUGCCAUUAAAUAUCUGCAAAUGCUUUGAGUUUUCCUCAUUGAUUCAGGGAUUAUUGAGAUACUUGCUUGCCAUUAGAAAGGAGCAUCUGAAAGGUGGUUGUCUACCUCAGAUAUAGCUUGUCCUUUUUAUAUAUCUAGUUCUUCAUCACAGCCAUAAACCUGCUCAACAAUAAAAGGUUUACAUAUUAACUAGAUUUGGAAAUGGCUUUUUGGAGAGGAGUUACCUAAUUAAGAUCUUCAUAUCAGCUUUUUUGGACUGCCAUUCCGGCACGUGCUGUGAGAAGCACGAAAGUCAGCCACUUGCAUGCCUCUAGCCUAAGGAGAAGUGCAGAAGUUGGCAUAAUACUAUUUCAUCUCUAAUUGAGCUCUUCUUUAACCUGCUUGUUUUGUCUCCAUCUUUCCGUGUGGUUGUAGUGCAGGUGCAGGGAGAUCCAAGGGAUGAUAUUACCCAACAGUCAAUACAAUUGAGAGAAAACAUUCUAUGAAUGCAUACCAUACAUCCACAUUUUGUAAGAUUUUUACCAGCCCAAUUUACAGCCAUAUAUUUUCUUACGAUGUAAUUUAUGAAAAAGUCUAAAGGGGUGCUGUUAACACUACUGUUGGAUUUUUCAGUCUGGUGAUUUUAAGCGUGUAUAAUAUCCCUAAGGGCAACUGUGUACUGUGAUGUAAAAGUCUGAGCUCAAACUGUACAUAAACUUUGUAUAUAAAAUUGUCUACUUGAUUAUAACUGCUGAUUGUAAAGAUUUAAUAAAACAUGUAAAUAUUCUGGUCAAAGUGCUGAAAUAAAUUGUUCAUUGAGGCUUAA